GUACGCUCGGAGGAGAGAGGAGAGGCAGCCGAGGAGCGCCACACACAACAAUAAACACCUACUACGAUACGCACGGAGUAGGACAGGAGAAACCACAAUCACCAACGCCAUCACCGACCCGGGAGUCAACUCACAGCCAUGUAUCUGAACAGGGAAGAGGACAACAGCAAAGGCUCGCUCUCCCUCAGCGUGUUCCUGGUCUCGUUAGCGCUCACGGUGUGUGCUGUGUGGCUGGUGGCUCUCUGCGGCGUCUGCGGCUGGUGUCAACGUAAACUGGGGAAGAGGAACAAGCCAGGAGUAGAGACAGCAGACACUCCAGACUCUGCACGUGGGCGAGGGGAGAAGAAAGCCAUCAAGGGCAACAAGCCAGCUAACAGCCCCAAAGGCCAGCCUCCCGAUGCCGACGGUCAUUCCUCUGUCUCGGACCUGGCCAACUCCCUCACUGGAGACAUGGUGAUGCUAUCCCCGGGUUCGGAGGAUGAUGAUGGAGAGGGACCAAUCAGUGAGAAGCUGGGGCGUAUCCAGUUCAGUAUAGGCUACAGCUUCCAGAACACCACCCUCACGGUCAAAGUGCUCAAGGGACAAGACCUCCCAGCCAAGGACUUCUCGGGCACCUCUGACCCCUUUGUCAAAAUCUACCUACUGCCAGACAAAAAGCACAAGCUGGAGACCAAGGUCAAGAGGAAGAACCUCAACCCUCACUGGAACGAAACUUUCCUCUUUGAAGGUUUCCCUUAUGAGAAGGUCAGGGAGCGGACUCUGUACCUGCAGGUGCUGGACUAUGACCGCUUCAGUCGGAAUGACCCCAUUGGAGAGGUGUCCAUCCCCCUCAACAAGGUGGAGCUGGGCCAGAUGAAGACCUUCUGGAAGGAACUCAAGCCCUGCAGUGAUGGCAGCGGCCGGCGAGGAGACCUGCUGCUGUCUCUGUGCUAUAACCCCACUGCCAACACCAUCACUGUGAACAUCAUCAAAGCACGCAAUCUCAAAGCCAUGGACAUCGGGGGCACCUCAGAUCCCUAUGUGAAAGUGUGGCUCAUGCACAAGGACAAGCGAAUAGAGAAGAAGAAGACAGUGACAAUGAAGCGCUGUCUGAAUCCAGUCUUUAACGAGUCGUUUCCGUUUGAUGUCCCCGCCCACGUGCUCCGGGAGACCACCAUCAUCAUCACCGUCAUGGACAAGGACAGGCUGAGCCGCAAUGAUGUCAUCGGCAAGAUCUACCUAUCGUGGAAGAGUGGACCAGCAGAGGUGAAGCAUUGGAAGGACAUGCUCGCUCGGCCGCGCACUAACGUAGCCCAAUGGCACGCUCUCAAGGCCUGAUCGCACUGCCCCAGCUUACCCCAAAUGCCCUUCCCCUCCUCCGCCCACCCCCAAACUCUCGCUCCCUUCCUUAUGCACAAGACUGACUUGCUGCCAGGCUGCGAAACACGGGUACAAUUAGCCAUCUGCUCUCUUAAACCUUUAAACUCUCUUUUACUUUUGGGUUAUCCCUCUCCUUCUCCCCUCAGACUGCCAUGUCAUUGUUUACAUCCAUUCGCUAUGGUCCCCCUGUUUCACACUGUCUGUUUGUCUGUCUGUCCUCUGCAUGUGACAAAUUGUUCAUUUUUGAAGCCUUCUUUGGGUUUUUUAUGCAGUACUGCCCUUGAUACACCAGAGGCAAACCUAAUUUAUUUUACUGAGUGCCAUCUGCACAAAAAUUUAAAUUAUACAUUGGGUUAAUAUAGAAUUGUCCUUACAUUAGACGUAGCAUUCACAGUAUGGGAGCUUUCUGCAUUACUUGCCCCUGCCCCUAAUUGACCCUCAUUUUGAUGCUGUCUAUGGCUUGUACUUGCUGUGUCCCAUCUUAAAGUCUCACUCUAGGCCUUGUCAUUCGUCUCAAGUGCACUGUGUUCAUUCCAGUUAACUGUUCGGCUGAAGUUGUCCAAAACAAUCAAUACUCAGUUUGUGUCAAAACCAGCUGAACUCAAAUGAAGUCAUCCAAACCGCCUCUCCUCCCUCUCUCUUUUUCUCUCUUUUCUCUUCUUUUAUUGUUCCCUUUUUCUUCUCCUCUGGCACAAUAUUACUGACAACCCUUGCGCUCUUUUUUCUGAGCCCCUGCCCGUCGUCUGUGUGCUGUGGGUGCUGUGCUGUAGCUCCAAACAAAAUAGAGAUUAUUUACAAAUAA